AUGAGUUCGGGGGACGCUGUGUGCACCGGCUGGCUCGUCAAGUCGCCCCCUGAGAGGAAACUGCAGCGCUACGCCUGGCGCAAGCGCUGGUUUGUCCUCCGGCGGGGCCGCAUGAGCGGCAACCCUGACGUCUUGGAGUACUACAGGAACAAACACUCGAGCAAGCCCAUUCGUGUGAUAGACCUCAGCGAGUGUGCAGUGUGGAAGCAUGCGGGCCCUGGCUUCGUUCGGAAGGAAUUUCAGAAUAAUUUCGUAUUCAUUGUUAAGACUACUUCUCGUACGUUCUACCUGGUGGCCAAGACCGAGGAAGAAAUGCAGGUGUGGGUAUACAGCAUCACUCAGGUCUGCAACUUCGGCCCACUGGAGGGUAUUGCAGAUUCUGUGGAGAGCCUCUAUCACACGCCCUCAUCCCUCCAGCCACCCCCUGGCAGCUCCCUUUACACCGCCCAUGCUGUCAGCUCCUCCUUGCCAAGAGAUGACCCAAGCUCUAAUACCAUAGCCACUGAGGAAACCAGAAGUGAGUCAGAGUUUCCCUUCCUUCCUGAUUAUCUGAUUCUGUCCAACUGUGAGACUGGAAGACUGCACCAUGCCAGUUUACCCACCAGAUGUGACAGCUGGUCAAACUCAGACCGUUCUUUGGAACAGACUUCAUUCGAUGAUGUUUUUGUCGAUGGCCUGCAGCCGGUGCCCUACGUUAACUUGGCCUACUCCUCACUCCAUGGGAAUGGAUAUCAGGAGGUACCUUACUAUGCAAGGCCUCGGGCUUCCCUGAUCUGGAAUAGAGAUAUCAAUGGGCCGUCCAGGGACCGCUUUUCUUCACCAUUGCCGGAAACUUCCUUAAAUUCCACCAUUCAGGUAGAUAAAAAACAAGGUUCCUUACCCUAUGGGGUAAAAGAACUAGACAUUGUGUCCAAUGUGCCACCUCCCCGACCCCCUAAGCCAAUCCAUCUCUCUGAACGGCGCCAAGAGGAGAAGCUCCUGUGGAGUAGGCACAGCAGCAUCAAGAAACCAGAAUGCACUACGGCACCAAGAAGAAUCUCUCUCUCUGGUUUAGAUAAUAUGAGACCCUGGAAAGCUGACGUAGAAGGCCAAUCCUUAAGACACCGAGACAAGCGACAUAGUUUAAAUUUGCCAUGCAGAUUCUCCCCAACAUGCCCCACAGCUUCAGCCAGUGACGAAGACAGCUAUGUGCCUAUGGCCCCUCUGGUCGCCAUCUCUGGUCUCAGAUCCCAGAGUGGCUCUGAUGACUACAUCCCAAUGAGCUCAGGAGGCAUCUCCAGCCCACUACCUGAGCUACCUGCACACAUGGAACCUCCCCCAGUGAAUAGAGAUCUGAAGCCUCAGAGGAAACCACGAUCACCUCCUCUAGAUAUGAAAAACCUUUCUACCAUCCGGGAACAUGCAUCUCUAACCAGGACCCACACUGCGCCUUGCAAUCGGACCAGUUUUCUCUCUCCAGAAAGAAAUGGUAUUAAUUCUGGAAGAUUUUUUGCCAAUUCUGUUUCCAGAGAAGAGGAAAAAAGCAACACCCAAGUGGGGCAACACCGAACAGUCAGUGGUUCUGUGAUGUUGACAAAGAAAUUCAGCCUAGAUUAUUUAGCCCUGGACUUCAAUUCAGCAUCACCAGCCCCUGUACAGCAGAAACUUCUUUCAGAAGAACAAAGAGUAGACUAUGUCCAAGUGGAUGAGCAGAAGACACAAGCUCUCCAGAGCACAAAGCAGGAGUGGACCGAUGAGAGGCAAUCCAAAGUAGAAGCCCCAGGAGAUCAUCUUGUCCUAGCACCUGAAGACACGGUUGGAGAGACCAAGAUCAGCAAUGGUGGGAGAAUCUGCACUCCUCACACCAUAGACUCCAGCAGACAAAUCAUUUCUGUCUCCCAAAGAAAGACAAUUCAAGUGAUGGGACAGUGAGUCCUGGGCUUCAUCAUAACCAUAUCAGAU